AUGGGUAUUAUUAUUGGGUGGGUUUCUCAUUUCCAAACCAGAGCAUCCAAUUGAAUUGAUUCAAACGCAUCAGAAAAUGUUAAAAAUGAUCGAAUAUUUCAUCAACAGCGUAGCACUCAUCUUCAUUUGUCUUAUGGGUUCUUCUUCUUUGUAGUAAUCACCCCUCUCCCUUUCUCUUGGUUGCUGAUCUCUCUGUAUAUUUGUGUUUCUGGAGACAAGGUCUCUUCUUGAAUCAUUAUUCUUGUAUCAAAUCUCCCAUUUUUCGUUUUGAUUGAUGCACUGUGGCUUCUCAGACUACACGGAAGCAAAUUUCUUUGUUCUCGGAGGCACAACCUUCUUCAAGUGAUCCAAAUCUUUAUCUUGUUAUCGCCCCAUCACCCCCUUUUUGUUGUUUGAGAUUAAGUUUUUAGCUGGUGCCAAACUGCUGGCUAUUUCUCUGUGUUUGAAGAGCUCUAGGGUUCACGGAUUGGAGCAAACUUUUGCGGUUGCUGGCAAGAAGCAGCAUCUGGUGAAUAUAAAGAAAUAGUAAAUGAUUUGGUGGUGUAUGCUUUAGAAAUUGAGCCUAUUCAGCCUAUUGAUAAUUUUUGUGGGAUAUCAUUCUGGAUUUGGUACACUGAAUUGGUUUUUUGCGGCAAUGGAGCACCUUCCUGUUGAAGUCAUUGGUAACAUAUUAUCUCGUCUGGGAGGUGCCCGAGAUGUGGUGAUUGCAUCUGCAACAUGUCAAAAGUGGAGAGAAGCUUGCCGCAAACACCUUCACACUCUUUCAUUCAAUUCUCAUGAUUGGCCUGUCUAUCACGAUCUAACAACUAGUCGGCUGGAAAUAUUGAUAACACAAACUAUUUUUCAAACAACUGGAUUGCAAGGCCUGUCAAUUUUGAUGGACGAUGUUGAUGAGUUCUCGGCUUCAGCAGUUAUUGCUUGGCUCAUGUAUACGAGAGAAACUUUACGCCGGUUGUUCUAUAAUGUUCGGACUACUCCAAAUGUUAAUAUUCUUGAUAUUUGCGGGAGGCAGAAGCUGGAAGUAUUGGAAUUGUCCCAUAACUCCAUAACUGGUGUUGAACCAAAUUUCCAGAGAUUCCCUUGUUUGAAAUCCCUUUCUUUGAGUUAUGUCAGUAUCUCAGCACUGGAUCUAAGUCUUUUGCUCUCUGCCUGCCCAAAGAUUGAGAUAUUGGAACUUAUCAAUCCGGAGAUUGCAAUGUCUGAUGCACAGGUGACUAUUGAACUAAGUAGUCCUACACUAAAGAGUGUUUACGUGGAGGCAAUUAGUUUGGACAAGUUUAUUUUGGAGGCAGAUAGUAUAGAGUGUUUGCAUUUGAAGGAUUGUGCCCUUGAGCUAUUUGAACUCAUUGGAAAGAGAACUCUGAAGCAUUUCAAGAUUGAUGAUGUGAGUGUUAUACAUCUUGACAUUGGUGAAACAAUUGAAAAUCUGGAGGUUGUAGAUGUCAGCAACUUCACUAUUAUCUGGCCAAAGUUCUACCAAUUGAUCUCAAAAUCAUCAAAGUUGAGGAGGCUUCGCCUUUGGGAUGUGGUCUUUGAUGAUGAGGAUGGGAUUGUGGAUUUGGAAACAAUUGCUCUUUGUUUUCCACAUCUAAGCCAUCUGUCAUUAAGUUAUGACUUAAGAGAUGGGGUGCUUCACUACAGUUUGCAAGGAUCAUCAAAUUUGGUGAAUGUGGUUGUCUUGGAGCUUGGAUGGACUGUAAUUAAUGAUCUCUUCUCACAUUGGGUGGAGGGGCUCCUAAAACGUUGCCCACAUCUUAGGAAAUUGAUAAUUCAUGGAGUUGUUUCAGAGGCCAAAAGUCAAGAAGAAUGCCAGAUGUUGGCUAAUUUCACCUCAUCCAUAGUUCAGCUGAUGAGGAAAUAUAUUAAUGUAAAUGUGCAGUUUGAGUAUGAAUAGGAUUUCUGUGAUUACUUUGUUUAAAAUUCAAAUUUUUCUUCAAAUAUCAGUUGUAUUAGCACAUAUUCAGGUAGCAUUUACAGCAUGUAGAGCUUGAAUACCCUUUUCCAUGCCCUGUAAAUGAUCUUUGAGUUUUUUUUUAUCGUUGAAAUAUUACUUCAGAAAAAAGGAACAUGUCCUCUAUUUACUUUAUUUUAAUUUUGCUCAAUUGCUGUGG